CCAUAACAAGGGAAAUAACUCACCAUCUCCUGUCGAAAAGAAAAUAAGCUUAAAAAAUAUAUUUUUACGGCUUAAUUAAUGGAAUUAUCAAAAGAUUUUGAUGGAAAUGCAUUUACAGUUGACGAUGACAAAGAUGAUUUGAUUUCUCCUGAUGAAGGACCAGUUAUUGGUAAAGGUGGUCAUGUGAUUGAAGCAAGGGGAAGUGUUGAUUUACAGAAAUCCAAAGGAGAGUCGUCUCCCCUUUCACAUAACAAGAAAGGGUCAGCUUCAGGAAAAGAUUUACAAACAUCACAUGGAUUAAAGGUUAUAGUUGGAGUAGCAAUAGGAUUCUCAAUACUGGUGACCAUAGCGCUGAUCCUGACCAUCUAUCUAGGUCAUGGACAGGUUGGGGCCUCAGGUGCUGUAGCAGCUGAUGUCCCAGAGUGCUCUGUGAUGGGGUUGAAUAUACUAGAACAGGGAGGCAAUGCUGUGGACGCUGCUGUUUCAACCAUGUUUUGUGUGGGUGUGGUCAAUGCACAGAGCUCUGGGAUAGGAGGAGGAGGUUUCAUGAUGGUUCAUGAUCAUAAAACAAAUGCAGCUAAAGUCUACGAUUUUAGAGAAGUUGCUCCUAAAGCUGCCACAAAGACAAUGUUUGGUGGUGAUUCAUCCAAAACAUUAAAGGGAGGUCUUUCUGUUGCUGUACCUGGAGAGCUUAAAGGAAUGGAAAUGGCACACAAAAAAUAUGGAAAGUUACCAUGGAGUUCUGUAGUAAAACCAGCAGCAAAUUUAGCAAGGAAUGGAUAUAAGGUUACCAUGGCAAUGGCAAAAGAUUUUAAAACAGGAAAGGUCAAAGUGAGUGAUUUCCAAGGUCUACUUGGUAACAUCUACCUGACAAGUGACGGUCAGUUUGUAACAGAAGGGACGGAGAUCAAAAACAUAAAGUUAGCAGAUACACUAGACAUCAUUGCUUCAAAAGGGAGUGAUGCAUUCUAUGAGGGAGAACUUGUACAGAGUAUUGUUAAUGCUGUUACAAAUACAGGAGGCAUACUGACAGUAGAUGAUCUGAAGGACUAUGAGGUGGUUGUUAGAGACGUUGUCAAGACAUCAUAUAAAGAUCAGACUUUGAUAUCAGUACCAGCUCCAGGGGGUGGACCAGUAAUAUUAUCUAUCAUGAACAUAUUGGAGGGGUAUAAUUUUCAGUCGGGUGAUAAAAACCAAACUAAGACAGUACACAGAAUAUUAGAGGCAUUUAAGUUUGGAUUUGCGCAACAGCAAGAACUAGCUGAUCCCAAAUUUGAAUCAUCAGCAUUGAAUGCCACUAGUAAGAUGUUAGACAAAGGUAUGGCUAAAUUGAUCAGGAAUAAGACAACAGAAAAGACGCAUGCUGAUCCUUCCUAUUACAAUGGCGUGGUAGCCAUGUCUCCAGAGAAAGGAACAUCACAUAUAUCAGUUAUAGAUGCUCAGGAGUUAAUGGUCUCGGUAACUACAACGGUGAAUUAUUGGUUUGGAUCUAAGAUAAUGACAGAUACUGGUAUUCUACUGAAUAACCAGAUGGCUGAUUUUGCUGAUCCUGAUAAUCUUGAUACCAAAAAUAAUAAGCUGAAUUAUAUUGCUCCUGGGAAACGCCCACUUUCCAAUAUGGCACCAGUUAUUUUGUAUAACCAAGACUCACCUUGCAAAAUGAGACUUGUGAUUGGUGGAGCUAAUGGAUCUCGAAUUAUUACAGGUGUAACAGAGGUGUUACUGAAUGUUGUAUCAUUUGGAUUGACAAUGGCAGAUGCUAUUAGUGCUCCGAGGAUCCACACACAGCUUUAUCCUUCUGAAGUAGAGUAUGAAGAUGGAUUUCCACAGAAAGUUAUAGAUGAGUUAGAAAAAAUGGGCCAUAAGAUGGUGAAGUCUUCAGAAGGAUUAAAUGAAGUUCAGGGAAUAAAGAAAGUCAACAAUAGAAUAAACGCUGUAUCAGACUACAGAAAAGGAGGGAAAGCAGCCAUUUUUAAUACAAAUACAUAAUAAUUAAGUCUCUUAGGUUAACUGUAGAGAAAAAUAUUUAGUAUUCAAGUCUCCUAGGUUUUACUGUACUGAUGUGUAAAAUAUUUAAUAUUCAAGUCUCCAAAGUUUUACUGUACUGUAAAAUAUUUGAAGUCAUGUCUCCUAGGUUUUACUGUACAGUAAAAUAUGUGAUGUCAAGUCUCAUAGGUUUUACUGUACUGUAGAAUAUUUGAUGUCAUGUCUCCUAGGUUUUACUGUACUGUAAAAUAUUUGAUGGCAUGUCUCCUAGGUUUAACUGUACUAUAAAAUAAAUAUUUGAUGGAAAGACUCUAAGGUUUUACUGUACUGUAAAAUAUUUGAUGUCAUGGCUCCUAGGUUUUACUGUACUGUAAAAUAUUUGAUGUCAUGUCUCCUAAGUUUUACUGUACUGUUAAAUAUUUGAUGUCAUGGCUCCUAGGUUUUACUGUACUGUAAAAUAUUUGAUGUCAUAUCUCCUAGGUUUUACUGUACAGUAAAGUAUGAUGGCAUGUCUCCUAUUUUUUUACUGUACUGUAAAACUUUGAUGGCAAGUCUCCUAGGUUUUACUGUAGCAUACAGUAUUAGUUCUUUGUUAUAUAUAUUGUGAAAACUGUGAUGGACAAUCAGAACAGGCACUGUACUUCUGAUUUCACUAUAGAUGUUGUGAAACUUGUUGUGUCAACUGUGGCUUGAUAUUUAUAUUUCUCAUAAUUUAGUGUUGCAUUAGUAUUACAUUUUCCAUCACUAUAUAAAUUAGUUACAGUAAAAAAAUUAAUAACAUUUUAUCCUCAAUUAUGUAUUAUGUAAACUAUUUCUAUAUAUUUGUUUUUGUCAGUCAUGUGAGUGGUGUUCCCGAAAUAAUUUUAUAAAAGUCAAAAGGUAAUUUAAGUUCCAGAAAUAAUUUUAUAGAGUCAAAGGACACUUUAAGGUAUACAAUUUAAUGACA